AACAAAACCAGCGGCAAAGUGAAACAGAGUAGUAGGUAGAACAAGCAACCCAGCAACAAUGGCAACAAUAUCCAUACGCAUGUCCCCAAAACUAUUCUCUCCAUCAACAAAAACCCUUUUUCCCAUUCAUACAAACAAAUCAAUCACCAUCACCAACAACAGCAACAGAACAAAGCUAUCGUUGCUCUAUUUAAGUUCAAGAAACGGAACAGAGUGUCCUGUUCCGUUAGAACAGCAGCCCAUAAACGAGUACCAGUCGUUAUCGACCUCGUUCCCGUUUUCAUGGGCUGCUGGUGAUGUUGUUGAAUAUGGUUCCCGGCUUUUCGUGGUGGGCUUUUCCUUUGCCUUGCUUGUGGGGUUACCUGUGGCUUGGUUUGGAACUGUUGGGGCACAAUAUGAGCCUGCUAAGAGGAUUGUUUGUGCUGCUUCUAGUGGUGUUCUGGCUGUUACUUUUGCGGUUGUUAGGAUGUAUCUUGGUUGGGCUUAUGUUGGGAAUCGUUUGCUCAGUGCUACUGUUGAAUAUGAGGAGACAGGGUGGUAUGACGGUCAGAUAUGGGUGAAGACUGCUGAGGUCUUAGCACGUGAUAGACUCUUGGGAUCAUUUUCUGUUAAGCCUGUACUCAGUAGAUUGAAAAUCACUCUAGUCGGUCUGGCGGCAUGCUUGGUGACAUGUGCUCUUAUCUUCAUUAACAUUGAUGAAAGUUACCUUACAUCGAGAGAAACCGGAGUUCGAGCAAUACCCGGAGCUUACAAUGAUGAAUCUGCAAGAUCAUUUGAACCAGAUGCAUUUUGUGGUGAGCCUGAUCUUCAAGAAUAGUACAUGACUUAUACUAAAGAAGUAUCCCAGCUAGAUCCUCCAUGUAUGGUAUUAAUUUGGAGGGAAAGGGGUGCUCUAUUAAAAUCUAUACUUUCUGUACAUAUUUUAUAUUGCCUUUUCUUACAUUACGUGUAGUAGCAUUUCACAGUAAUGUAAAGUUGCAAAAUAAAAUGAGCAAAUUUAUAUUUUAUA